AAUUCAAGAUGGAUGGAAUCACGGCAUCGGCGGCGCGCGGCACCAAAUUCUAAACCAAAUAAAAUCAUCACCCGAGCCCGGGGCUGGGUCAGGCACAGACUGAGGAAAAGAAAGAAAGAGGCCGAGGCGCCGCUCAAUCACAGGGUAGAGCAGACAAUGGAAGGAUUACUUCACUACAUCAAUCCAGCGCAUGCCAUCUCUCUCCUGAGUGCACUUAACGAGGAUCGCCUAAAGGGCCAACUUUGUGACGUUGUCCUAAUUGUUGGUGACCAUAAAUUCCGGGCUCACAAGAAUGUUUUGGCUGCUAGCAGUGACUAUUUCCGUUCUUUGUUUACCAAGAAGGAGAACGAAAGCCAGUCGGUCUUCCAGUUAGAUCUCUGUGAAGCAGCUAUCUUUGAGAAUAUUCUAAAUUACAUCUAUUCCUCAUCCCUCUUCAUAGAGAAGAAAAGCCUUUCAGCCAUUCACUCUCUUGGUGGCAAUCUUGGUAUCUCUUUCCUGACCAGCAUUCCAUCACAGACACCUCAGAUUUCCUGUGCCCCAAAUUCUGUCAAGAAGCACAGCAAAGUUGGUGAAGAUCUAAGUAGUGCCCAGCCACGGAGUGUGAUUGUGUGUCAGAGUCGCAGUGACCUUGAUAAAAGUAACGCUGAGUCUGAAGCAAAGGGAGGGGAUUCAAGUCAGAAAAAGGGACCAUCGGAGGAAGAUCCAAGUCACAGUUUUAAGUCUUCAUCUUUGAAUGCUUUACGAGCAAAUUCUAAUUCUCUGACCAGGGAUGCUGAUACAACUCACCUUUUGGACGAUAAAGGACAACCUUUGUUAAAAGAUAUUCGUGGAGCUUUAGGUAACACUAAAUUCCAUUCAACCUUCAAAUCUCUCGAUGAUCAAAAUAGGUUGAGGUUUUGGUCUGAAAGGAGAAAUUCCAUGAGUGCAGAUGGCACUUCAGGUUUUACUAGUAAUGUUUCCGAGAGGAGGCAAAGUCUUACUGACCUCUUGAUAAAUGGAAAGCCUUUACCUAGGCCACAACUUUCGCCUGCAUUUUCAUUUCAUGGAACUACAGGACUUGCAUAUUCCCAACAAAAACCUGGGAACACAGUAAAUGCUGGCAAAACCGAAGAGAGUAAUUUGCUGUAUUACACCAAAGUAGGGUCUACGGUUCAACCUGGAAGAUUGCCACCUAGCAGCCAGAGUGUUGUCAGCAGUGGCCCAUUGGUGAAGAGUCUCCUACGUAGGUCAUUGUCAAUGGAUAGCCAAGUCCCUUCCUACUCUUCGUCUCUUGAUCUGAAAAUGACCUACGGAUCACAGAUCUGUAAACGGGAACCAUUGGAGUUGACUUGUGAUGCAUCAUCCCAAAAGCCAUCGAUUACAGACUCAAUUAAACAGCAGCUUCUAAAGGAAAAGCCAAAGGUUGAUCAGUCUUGUCGACCAAAACAACUUAAUGUAUCUCAGGCUGCUGAAGCCGAUGCCAUCUCUCUGACUUCAGCUGUUAAAGUGAAAACAGAGCCCUGCAGCCCUGCCUCGGAUACUUCUGAUAUAAUUACGGUUACAGUAGGAGAAACCUCACCAUGUACCAGUAAGGAAUUUGCUGUGAAAAAUGUGGAGAGGAACAGAAGAACAUCAAUGCUCCCAAUGAAGAGGAGGUUCUUGGCUGAAAAUGCAAAACUUUCUUAUGAAAAAUCAGAAACUUUGCAGCAUUCUCCCAAUAUAGCACAGAGCUUUGAGGAAAAUUCAAGCCCGACAGCAGAUGAUACUAAUCUUGAUCUGUCAAAGACUGAUGAGAACAAGGAUGAAUAUUCAGAGUCUGAAUCAGCAAUAACUGGCAAGCAGUUCAAAUGCAUGACCUGUUUCAAGAUUUUCCGAUCCACAGCAGGUCUUUUCCGGCAUGUGGAUAUGUACCAUAACCCAGAUAAGCCAUAUGCGUGUGAUAUCUGCCACAAGAGAUUUCUCACCAAUUUCAAAGUUUGGACACACUGCCAAACUCAACAUGGAGUGGUUAUCAACCCAUCAGCAGCUACCAGCUCCAGUCUAGUUCCAGAAGAAAAAUUUCAAAAGAAACUGAAUGAUAUGAUGCGCGAAAGAGAGAUCAAGAAGGCUCUAUUUCACAAGUUGCGGCGUAGGCAGGGGUCUCAUAGUUACCCAGGCCUGCGGUCAGAACAAGCAUUCAAAAAAAAUUUGAAAUCUGCAAGUAAGGGAGUAUACAUUUGUACUACAUGUGGAAAGUUGUUUCGUUUUCUAUCACGUUAUAGGCAACACAUGAAGACCCACCCAGGUGAGAAGCCCUUUGUUUGCAAGCUAUAUAACAGGGCUUUCAAAUCAAAAGAACAAGCUGUUACUGAAAGUGUAAGUGAAGAUAAUAUUGAGCAUCAGUGUGAGCAUUGUAAUACCAAAAUGUCGUCCUUGGCAGAGAAGACAAAGCAUGAGAGAAUCUGUAGGAAUGUUACUGUGUGCUGCUACUGCAGCCUUAGGUUCUGUUCUAGAGAACUGAAACAGGAGCAUGAAAAUCAGUGUGAAUAUAAGAAGUUAACCUGUCUAGAAUGUAAACGUACAUUCAAAUCAUCAUUCAGCAUAUGGCGUCAUCAGAUUGAAGUUCACAAUGAAAACACAAUGGCCCCAGUGGAAAAAUCUAAUUUGGAUUCAAUCUGUCAUAAUGGUGUCUUGCCUAAAGAAGUUCAAACUGAAGCAGGAGAGGAUGCUGUUGUCAGUCCUAGUACAUCAAAAGAGUAUGAUGCCUGCAGUGACUCUUCAGAGCCAAUGUAUGUUGACUCUGAAGAUUCUUCUUGCUUUCCUGAAGAUUUGAGUAUCUCUAAUCGGAGAAAUAUAAGCAGUAACAACAACCAUCUACCUGAUGUAGUUUCCACAAAUCCCAUUCAUCUGGAAGAUGUGACAUCAGAAUCCAAGAGUUGUAGUGGGGAACCAGAGGACCUGACAUGCAAAGGAGAGCGUGGUCUUUGGCCAUGUGAAAAAUGUGGCAAGAUCUUCACAAUACACAAGCAACUGGAGCGUCAUCAGGAAUUGCUGUGUGCUGUUAAGCCAUUUAUUUGCCACGUUUGCCAUAAAGCCUUCCGUACCAACUUCCGCCUCUGGAGCCACUUUCAGUCCCAUAUCUCUCAAUCCGCAGACCGCCUUGAAUUUUCUAAACCUGUGAGGAGCCCUUCUUGUCCACCACCUCCCCCUCCACCACCACUCCCCGUGCCACCCCAGGAACGGUCUCCUGAACCUGAACAACCCUCAAAUCAUUCAGACAAGACAGGUAGCCCACAGGCAGCAGAUACACUUUUUACCCAUGCCCCUCCUCUUGCAGCAGCUACCUUCGAAAGGCCAUUCAUGUGCAAAUUUUGCCGUAGGACUUUCAAAACUGCGUUCAGUCUAUGGAGCCAUGAACAGACACACAACUGAAAUUAAGAUUCAAAUCUCAUGAUUUAUUUGGAAUUCCACUAGAUUAAUAUCUAAAGAUAACUUGGAAGCAGGUGUGCCAUGGACUGAAUGAAUAUACGCCAAUAUAAUGCACAACCUAUUCUCUGGAAGUUUAGGAAAAUUGAGUUGGAUAAGAAACGUGUAAGGUAAAAUAUGAAAUUGAUAUUACUGAUGGAACAAAGUAAAACCUAGAAUUUUUUAAAAAUCACCACACGCGUUACUUGGGUGCUACAUCGAAGCAUAUUUUUUAUAUGAUGGGAAUUUGCCAGUGUUACACAAUCAUUGCUUUAAAUGGGACUGGCUUAAUAUCAUUGAACUAAUCCAAGCAUUGUGAUGGAUCCUUUAAGAUGUAUGAUUUUAAUAUUCAGUAAUAUAUAUGAGGCUUCAGUAAUAUCAUGAAGGCAAUUGUGUUCUGUUAACAUUCACCGGUUCAGCCAUUUUGAUUGACUGGGUUCAGUGGAAAUGAAGAAUGACCAUUUUGACCAGGUUUUUUUUCAGCACAAGUAUGAUGCUGAAAAUGGUUUCUGCACUAGUUAAGACCCAAGAUGUAACCUGUAGCUCAAGGAUCAGUUAGCAUGGGUUUACUUGUAAGUGGCUCAUGGAAUUAUUGGGAUUUUCUGCAAGUAAUGGGCUUUAGCCAAUCAGCAGAUUGGAGUUAAAGCUGGAGCUUGAAUGUUAAUUACACCUACCCAUUUAGUAGCUUGGAUGGGAGUCUACUGCAAGCAGAGGCCUCUUAACUAAUCUGACUCAAAGAUUUUCAGCCUGAAGCCAGAGAGGGCUAAAUUUUAUUCUUUUUCAUGCAUUGAUAUCUGUGCUCACAUCCAUCCUGUGAUUUUUAUAUAGCAUCUGUUAAGGAACAGUACUUCCAUUGUAGUGUUGGAUGCACACAGUGACGUUCUAGAAAUCCUGACCUGUGACCAAAUCAAAGGUAGCAGACAACAAAUGGGAGUUCUGAAUGAUGUGAGCUAAAACUAAAGAGAAAAGAAACAAAAUGCUAUCUCUGAGAACAAAAUUAGUCUGCCUUCAGCUCUGAGCUAUGUGAAAGAUGGUCACAUUAGCUAUACUGGAGGAUAGCAGAACAGGUGUAGUACGGCACAACCAUUCUCACACCUCAAGUUCCCCUUCACAUGAUGAGUAAUGUUGAACUGUCUCCACUUUGAAGUUGUUUGCUUAACAACUAUGGAUAAUUUAAAAACAAAAUUACAGUAAAUCAAAAGUGAGUGAAAGAAAGAUUUGUUCGUAGUUACAACAAUUGACAUCAGGGAAGAAGAUCUAUCCUUCAGAAUCAUGAGCCAAACACAAUGUGGAGGCCAAUUUGUCGUAAAUAAGUAUUUUGUAUUAUAAAUUAACGUAAUAGUGAAAUGUAGUGACCCAUAAAAUGGAGCAUUACACUUAACUUUGUUUCUGUAGAAUAUACUCAGGAAGGGGUAAUGUCCAGAGCGGGAGGAUGGGUGACUUAGUGGCUUUUCUAUUUGUGCCAGGUUCUAAGAAUUAAGAUUUCCUUAUCUGCCAGUGGCUGAAAUUUGUCAUCUCAACAUCCUCCACGCCAGCUCCAAGUUUAUGCUUCAUGUAAUUAAAUUGUUUAUCAUAGAACAAAUACAAAUACAUCUAGUUAGCCUGUGUUUGACAUUCAAAUGUGGAUUUUAACAGUAUUCUGCUGAAGGGAUAAUACUGUAUCAACAUCAAACUAUGUCCAACUCAUAACUUCUGAGUCAAAUCAUGCCCCCGCCCCUGGCUAUUGUGAUUGAUAUAAAAUGCUUUGGUACUGAGUCUUUCUCAUCUUCUCAAACUGAGGAAACUAAAACUUUCAGCAAAACUGACAGGACUGUCAUAAAUUGUAUUAUCAUAAAUAUCAGUGCAACAUUCUAUUUAAUCGUAUUAUUACAAGUGAGGCUCAUGUAAUUGUUUGUUCAGUUUGUUGUAAUUAAACAUUUCCUUUUAUAAUCUAUCAUUUAUUGUAAAAGGCAAUAUGGAGUUUGGAGUUUGCAGCAUUCAAGUUUAUCAACUUCUUAAAUUUCUGAAUUUAGUACUGCACAGUACUCUGAACACCAAAUUGCUCACAGCCAAACGGUCUUAAAAAUUCUAUUUCCAUUUGGACUUGUCACUUACUGCAGUAAACCUUGUGUGAAGUUUUAAUGGAGAGCCCUCUAUUAUUCAUUUUAUUUUAGCUUGAAAACAUCAUUCUCCUGUACUGAAACCCUAUAAUGUUGAGAGCUCUGUAGCUACAAAUUGGGUAGGAUUUAUUGUAGCCCAUCAUGAUGUUUGAGUGACUUUGUGUCAAUCUCCCUGCAGCAGCCAAACCUCCCUUGAUUAGGCAGGGCACAAGGGGCUAACACACAAUUGUGGCACAGUAUAAAUUCAACUGAUUAAUGAUUCACUUGUCAUCCAUUAUCCCUGAGCCCACAAUUUUGUUGUAAUUCAAAGAACAGGUAUUCUCCAAGGGGUGAGGGGAGUUGGUCAUGGGGUUUUCCAUUAUCCCCAACCAAGGAACCUGGCAUUAACCACAGUGGUGGCGGCUGAAAAUCACCCUCUUGCUGUUGUCUCCAGCUGCCUCUUUUUUGCCUGUGGCUCCAUGAUGAUCUUAGGCCUCUAGUGGGUGCAGUAUUGCAAGCUAUCAUUGGUCUCCCUGGUGAGAUUGCCGUGAUGAACUGCCACAUAUUGAUUGCCAUCUCAGAAAUCGAAUUUCCACUGAUAGGUAUCUGAAAGUGUGGAGGAAAAGUGCAGAAGGCCUGAGAAUGUUAAGGGCACUUGAUUCCAUCAGACCUCUUUCACAGAACUGAACUCCUGCUGCUUCUCUGAUAAUGAGUGAGACCCCCAUCCAGUUGACCAUGUCGCAUCCAUUGUCUUUUCAUUUUAAAGAUUCUUUUCAUAACUAAUGCUAUUGUUAUACAAAUCUGUAAGGUAAUUUUUUGUAAGAUUCAGCUGAAGAAAACACAUGUGCCAAUCUGCUAACUGAAGCUAAGAUUGGCUAUGAUCCUUGAACUAACUAUGGGCAACAAGUCUAAUGAUUAACUGGUGUGUUACAUUUUUGCAAGCCUUCAGCACUAGCUUCACUUUACUAUUGGUUAAUCUUUCACCACUCUUCAUGACUAAACCUGCAUACGGGAAAAAAAAGUAAAGGUACUCUUAACAAUAAAGGUGGCAUAUAUUUAAACACAUUUCAAUUCUUGCUGCCAAAGAGUUAGUCAUGUUCAUUGAACAAUGAAAUGUUUGCUUUUAGAGCAGCAGAGAAGAUUCACAACAGUAGGGAAGUUUUAUCUUGGCAAGUUGCAGAUAAUCCCUUUUUAAUCAUUUAUUUGUACAGGAGAGGGGAAGGAAAUAGCAUGAUCUUGAUGUAGUUUGCAGGAAGGCGUGUUUAACAUUAAGCGUUACAACUGAAAUUGAUCACUAUACUUGUGGUGUCAGUGUCGGUUUCACUUGCACUUUUUAAAUUAUUAACAUUGCCAAAUUUUGACCAUUACUUCCAGGUCUAAUUCUGUUUCAUUUUUAUGUAUUAAAUUUAAGGCUGCCCUUGCUUUUGCUGCUGUUUUUCAAUAUUUUGUUUGUACAGAUAAAAUUGACGAAUUAGGUAUGACCUGCUGAAGUAGGUUAGAUUACUAGAGAUUAAAAAGAACACGUGCUUCAGUUUGAAAAUGGAAACGGAAGAUUAUGAAAUUGAGCCGCAAUUGUCUGAACCCAUGAUCGAUCUUUCCCUCCAAAUGCUGAAUGAAUUGGUGGUCAAUUUCAUGAUUUUCUGUUUUUGUUUUUGAAAGUCAAGCAUUUGUUUCUUUUCAUUUUCUGCAUUUCCCAUGAACCUCUCUCUCUCCGUUGAAUGAUUUCAGCCCAAAAUGUUAAUCU